AGCGAUUGAACGUUUAUGACUAACUUCGCUGAAAACUUUAUCCAAAAUAUGAGAAAUAUUUGCGUCUUUUUAUGUUUAUGGUGAAUGAAACUUGCCAGACAAAGCUUCAGCCUUCUGAAGCUCAGUAAGGGUUAUUUGCGUUCGUGUGUGGAUGAGGCCAAACUAUCCAACCUCACUUUGCUGUGUGUUGAGUGGGACAUAAACACUAAUAAGGACUAAGUGGUUGGCAGGUUUGCCACCAUGAAGGAGAGGAGGAUGAAGUUUUAAAAAGUUUGUUAAACUGUUCGGAUUAUUUUGUUCCAUGGAGGACGGAGAAAUACACAAAUGGACUAACGUUACACUAAACUACAGCAGUCUAGGCAUCCAAGCAAGGACAACAACUGGCGAGUGAAACAUCCAUAAUUAGUCUUCAUUCAUUUAAAAGUUCGUUAAGAAGAAAUCAGUCAUAAUGUUAGAUUAAUCUGUUGUUUAACUCUAUGUUUACCGCAUCUCAGCACCUGUCUGUGUCACUGCCUGUGGUGUUGUAGACUGUCUGCUUUGUAUUUGAAUAGGCCUUGUAGUAUUGGGGACCGCUGUGUCUAUUUUAUGUUUAUGUUAUUCCCGUGUUAGAAAGACAUUAUAUGGAGACAGAACACCUGGCUUGUUGCUGUCUAUUGGUGGUGGUGCUGAACUGUUCGUCGGUCGGUGUAGUAAAGCACCACAUGCUGCCCUCAGUGCUGAAACAUUUGACCGCGGCUGGCAAUCUGUUUUCCUUUUUGUUCUUCAGAACAAGCUUGUCUCAAAGUGGCUUCACUGUAUGUUACCUGAGACAUAGGCUUGCAUGGCUCAAUAACAAUUUGUGAUAAUUAAUAGGAUAUAUCAGCUACUUUACAGUAGCGAAUUUAAAAUGACUGUUUUAGAAAGGCCCCUUGAGAAUGCUUCACCACCUCUGUUCUGAGAGUCUAGCUCCGCCCCUGAAUGAGGCAUAAUGGAAAGUAAGAGGCAACAUGAAUCUCUGAAAAAAAGCUGAAAAACGGAAGAGGAGAAAACUGGGCCCCCAUGACCAAUUAUGCUUCCUAACCUGUUUGCCUCAUGCAUUUACAAAAGAAAGUGAUUUUCUGAUUACAGGUCAAACUUGCCUAAAGUUUAGAGGAAAAAUCAGGAGAAAACAUUUUUUGUGUAUCACUUGUGUAGCAGAACUGUAGUUUUUCUCUCUAUCUGUCUUUUGACCCUAGAUGGGCCCCAACUGCUGACUUCUAAUGUGAUCCAUAAGUGAAAAAACAUACUUAUUGUCCCUUCACUAAACACGUUUGUUUAUUAAAGGACACUGCUCUCACUGUUUCUCCCAAGUUCACCUUUAACCAUAAAACAGAGCUCUGAGGGAAGAGUGGAGUAUGAAGAGAGCAUGUGCACCUUAUCAGUGAAAUCACUGUGAUCUCUGCUCUUUAGAUACGGCUCAUAUAAAUGGAGAGAUACGUCCAUAUCUGUCUCUCAGUCUCUGUACGUCGAGCUCUUUACAAAGACUACGUUUUUUAACUCAGCGGACGGUUUAAAGACCAGGUGGAAGAGGAUGGAGGAAAGAGAGGAAAGCCAGAGAGAGGAAGAGACUGGGAAAGGCACAGAAGAAGAAGGGCAACAGAGGAUCAAGCAGCAGCCUGACCCAGAGGGUUUCCACUCAGGCAGGAAGAGACAGCAACACCUUUAUCUAGGCUGUUUAACAAAACAACACCUGAUAAGGAUAUCUGUGGCUGUCGGACUGCUGAUAAUCAUUACCGUCACCGCCAUAUUGCUCACCAAAAAGUCAGGUUCUCCAACUCCUCUCCCCUCAUUUUCUACUGGUGGAGACAUGCUGGACUUCCUGGUGCAGUCGGGUGACAUCAGCAAGCCUGAUGGUCUGUUGGCUACCUGGUUUCACAGAGCCAACGGCAAGGAGGAAAUGAACAAAGCUCUCGCAAGUGAUGUCAUGAUCUUGGAGGCUGAUGUCACUCUGGAAGGUUAUGGAACACCCAAUGAGAAGCCAAUCCCUAUCAUGGCCCACCCUCCUAAUGUCUAUAGUGACAACACUCUGGACCAAUGGUUGGAUGCAGUGCUGGCCUCUAGAAAAGGCAUUAAGUUGGAUUUUAAGUCUCUGGCAUCAGUGGGUUUGUCAUUGGACCUGCUUAGUCAAAAGAACAGUAGUAGAGGGAUAAACAGGCCUGUCUGGCUUAAUGCAGACAUCCUCCGAGGUCCCAACGUACCAGCUUUCGUGCCUCCAGUCAAUGGAACCAGAUUUCUGCAGUUGAUUCAGGAGAAGUUUCCAGAUGUGACUUUGUCUCCUGGAUGGAUGGUAGCCUAUGUUCCUCCGAUUUUAAUUGCAACCUACACCAGGGCCAUGAUGGAGGACAUGUAUGACAUGAUCAAAGAUGUCUCCCAAAAGGUGACAUUCCCAGUCCAAGCCCUGCUGGUUCGCAGGGGCUGGCAGCACAUCAGCUGGCUCCUCAGCCAGUCACCACGGUUCAGUCUGACAUUGUGGCAGGGUCCAGAUCACCCAAACAUCAGCGACCUGCUGUUCAUCCGUGACAACACCCACCCUGCCAGAGUCUACUAUGAUAUAUAUGAACCAACGCUUUCAGAAUUUAAAGAGAUUGCAAGACAGCAGGGCCGUCUGAGGAGAUUCUAUCCUGGAGGAGACCUGAUGGACUUCCUCUAUCACACCCACCACCCAGACUCUAACUUCCCAUCUGCGGUCACACAACAUGACAGCCUGGAAGUCCACUGGUUUACUGUCACUGAUCAGGCCUCUCUACUGGCUCAACUUUCAGAUGGUGCGGGUGGUAUGUUGGUGCUUCGGGUGGGAUCUGACACUGACCGACCUGGAGUCCCUCUGGUGGAAGGUUCAGGGAAGAGCUCAGAGCUCCUCACACUGCAGGAUGUCCUGCAGCUGCUUGAGCAGACAGCUGACGCCCCCUGGGGUCUUUACCUGCGGGUCAAGACUCAGCAGCUUCUGGAAGCUUCUCUCCAACUGCUGCACUCAGCGUACAGCAGUGAGAAGCUCUACAGGCCGGUCUGGAUCAGCAUGGAGGGUUUACAGAGUGGUAACAACACAGAUAGGUUUGUGUCCACAGUAGAGAGUUUUUUCCCUUACGUCACCCUUGUCCUGACAGAGCAGAGCUGGCCCCCUCUGGUCCCAGAGACAGUGUUGGGCUUGUCUCAGAGGGUGGCUCUACAUCUGAACACAGCAGCACUGCCAAAAGGAGAGGAGGAGCUUUACUCUCUGAUGGACAUGAUGGACAGAUAUGACAUCAUAGUGGAGGAGGACGUGGGGAGCAGUGCUGAAGCUUUGUCACACUUGAAAGCUCUUAUGAUGCAGCAAAAAGAAAGAGUAAACAAAAACCUAUAUGUGAUAUCUAACAAAUCAUAACUGAAGAUGGAUAUGAGCUACCUAGACUAAAAAUACUCAAAAAGUGUCAAACAGUUAUUUGAUGUAUUUCUAUUCACAAUUAAUGUGAAUAGAAAUAUAUCAGCGGUACUGCAAUAACAUUGCACAUCAUUCAUUUUUACAGCCUGACAGAUAUACUGAAGGGCUAAUAUUAUCGGCUGAUACGGAGUAAAAUAUAUUGUAAACAAUGCAAUAAAGAGUGCCUGAUUUGCAAGACACUACUAUACUUCUGAGUGACUUCUAUAGUGGUGGUUGGUUAAAUUAAAUAAAAGGCAGGGUAACAUUUAUUAACAUUUAUAACCCUGGUUCUCUGAAUGCCAGUGAACUGGGGGUUUAUCCACACCUGACUCUGUAGGAGAAAAAACACUGUUGCAGAAUAUGUUCAUCAAUAAAACACCCUUCUUCCAGUACAUGUCUACAUGUCAUGACUCUUUGACUGCCAAAUUAGAAGCUGCCUUGCUAAAUAUAUUAGCCUAUAAAUUGUUUUAGCUAAUAGUGUGACUAUCAGUUAGUUGGUUGGUCCAGAGUAAAAUAUCUUGACAUCUACUUGAUUGAUUGGCACAAAAUUUGAUACAGACAUUAAUACUUCCCACACAAUAUGUCCUAAUGACUGUGGUGAUCCCCUGACUUCUCUAGUGCCACCAGCAUGUUGACGCUUUUGUUUCAGAGUGAAAUAUCUCAACGGCUUUUGGGUGGAUUGCAUCGAAUUUUGGUACAGACAUUCAUGAUCCUCACAGGAUGAACUGCAAUAACUUUGGUGUAUAAUAAAAUCUCACCAGGGUUUUAACAUGCUGACCCAUUGAAAAACUAUAUGAUAGUGCCACACACAUCUCAGAACAUAAGACAUUUACUUUCACCCAACCCUCUGGCCAAUUUUUAGUUUUACUUCACCAAUUCAAUUAUCACUUCUUUAUCACGGCAGUUUUUUAGAAAGUAAUAUGUUACCUUCAAACUGUCUCCAAGAUAAAGUGCCAUAAUGUAGUCGUGUAAUCAUAUUCAGUUGUGAGCAAACAUUUUCUGUUAAAAACAUUUUAGUUUAAAGCAAUGUUUAAUGUUUUUAUCAAAAGAAAGAUGUCAUCUUGCACAAACUGCAGUGAGCAAAUAGAGACAAGUCUUACACCACUUCAUGCUAUUAGUGUUUUUCAAAAAGAACCCCACAUUCCCUGUAAAGCUCACACUUGGUUAGAUUAAAGACCCCCUCCAGGUAUGUUCUGAGAUAUAUAAAAAUACUGCUUUGCUAUGCUUUGAAUAACAACAUGUACCUGGUUUGUUUUUUACACAAAAAGUUCAAUUACCAAGUUUAAAAUCCUUAAAAUUACAUCUCCUCCUUCUGUCUCCUA